CGGGGCAGCUCCCUGUGCGAGUGCCUGUCAAGACUAAUCCGAUCUGGUCUGUUAGUGUACACUGGAGGUCAUAUGCGAGACAUUGCCGUCAGAGGUUGCUCCGACGCUGCUCUAACUCGAUGACACGAAAUGCUGACACUCUCGGGGUGCAACCCCAAUCAAGAUGCGUCUUACCCUGCAUCACUAAUUGGUACAUAUGAAGUGCAACACACCCACCAUCGGGAACAUCAUUUGUACUCUGAAGCAGGGAAGAAAUUUGCUCCCAGGCUGGAAAGAAAAAAGGCGCCGGUUGGAACACUCUCGAUGGCCAAAGAAAUCCAGCAUGGCGAUAUCCCCUCUCUCCUCUCAAGGAGGAUUUCCAACCCACAGAAAGCCCCCCAUAAGCACUCUCAAAAUCGGCCAAGUCCUUUUCUCGACAGUCGAAUACUAUCUUUGUCUCUACGAAAUUCUCGUACAUAGAUGUCUGGUGGAGCGCAGCGCAGGUCCCCGCGCGCCCGACGCUGGGUACGCUACCACUGCAUAACUAGUGCCCACACUGUGAUCCACUACUCCACCUCGGCACUUACCAAACUGUCGCCGACUUGCUAUUUUUCAACUGGAGCACAGUCGACUGCCACGAACGCAUAUUUGG